AUGUACGUGGAAGAGAGCUGUCUGGGCCUGCAGGUCCGGGUGCCCUUGGAGGAGCCCCCCCUGAGUCCAGACGCAGAGGAGGACGAUGAUGACUUGGGCAAGACCUUGGCUGUGAGCAGGUUUGGGGAUCUCAUCAGCAAGCCCCCGGCCUGGGACCCCGAGAAGCCCAGCCGCAGCUACAGCGAGCGGGACUUUGAGUUGCCAUCUCGUGCUGGACGCUGUGCUGGACGCUGUGCUGGGCCACCAUGCCAUGUUCACCGGCACACAUCCCAUCACACCCACCACCCGCUCUCGGUGCGCCUGCCUCCACCCCACAAGCUGCGGCGCGUGUCCCCCGCCUCUGCCCGGCAAACCAGGAGGAGGAACAGGGAGAAAACCUCUGCCGCCCCCUCGGAGGGGACCCCCCCCAUCCAGGAGGAGGGUGCCGCGGGGGCAGAGGAGGAAGAGGAGGAGGAGGAGGAGGAAGGGGGCUACGAGGCAGAGCCUGCGGAGCCUCCACCAUCUGGGUCCCCACCAAAAGCAAAGUUCUCCAUUGGAAGUGAUGAGGAAGACAGUCCCAGCCUCUCCGGGAGGGCUGCCUUCACCAGGCCGCUGUCCUCGGGGGACCCUCUCUUUGACAAGAGCCCCCAGCACAUGGUCAGCUCCCCUAGCCCCCGGGCCAGGGCCUCCCGAGUUGCAGGAGAGAAGAGCCGGCCCUGGAGCCCAUCAGCAAGCUACGACCUGCGGGAGCGGCUAUGUCCAGGCAGUGCCCUGGGCAGCCUAGGUGGCCGAGAGCAGCAGGUGCCCACUGACGAGGCAGAGGCCCAGAUGUUGGGCUCGGCAGACCUGGACGACAUGAAGAGUCACCGGCUGGAAGACAACCCAGGCGUGCGGCGGCACCUAGUGAAGAAGCCAUCCCGGAGCCAGGGCGGGCGGGGCAGCCCCGGCGGCCUGGCCCCCAUCCUGCGUAGGAAGAAGAAGAAGAAGCAGCUAGACCGGAGGCCUCAUGAGGUGUUUGUGGAGCUGAACGAGCUGAUGCUGGACCGCAGCCAGGAGCCCCACUGGCGGGAGACUGCGCGCUGGAUCAAGUUUGAGGAGGAUGUGGAGGAGGAGACGGAGCGCUGGGGGAAGCCCCACGUGGCCUCGCUCUCCUUCCGCAGCCUUCUGGAGCUCAGGAGGACCAUCGCUCACGGUGCUGCCCUCCUGGACCUGGAGCAGACCACUCUUCCCGGCAUCGCACAUCUCGUGGUGGAGACCAUGAUUGUGUCUGACCAGAUCCGGCCGGAGGACAGGGCCAGCGUCCUGCGUACCCUGUUACUAAAGCACAGCCAUCCCAAUGAUGACAAGGACAGCGGCUUCUUUCCUCGAAAUACGUCCAGCUCUAGUGUGAACUCGGUCAUGGGGAAUCACCACCCCACUCCAAGUCAUGGCCCUGAUGGGGCGGUGCCUACCAUGGCUGAUGACCUGGGGGAGCCAGCCCCACUCUGGCCUCAUGACCCUGAUGCCAAGGAGAAGCCCCUCCACAUGCCUGGGGGAGACGGUCACCGGGGGAAAAGCAUGAAGCUGCUGGAGAAGAUCCCCGAAGAUGCUGAGGCCACUGUGGUGCUUGUGGGCUGUGUGCCCUUCCUGGAGCAGCCCGCAGCAGCCUUUGUGCGGUUGAAUGAGGCUGUCCUCUUGGAGUCUGUGCUUGAGGUCCCCGUGCCAGUUCGCUUCCUUUUUGUGAUGCUUGGGCCCAGGCACACCAGUACUGACUACCAUGAGCUUGGGCGCUCCAUUGCCACCCUCAUGUCUGACAAGCUGUUUCACGAGGCUGCCUACCAGGCAGAUGACCGGCAGGACCUCCUGAGCGCCAUCAGUGAGUUCCUGGACGGCAGCAUUGUGAUCCCCCCGUCGGAGGUGGAGGGCCGCGACCUGCUGCGCUCCGUGGCCGCCUUCCAGCGCGAGCUGCUAAGGAAGCGGCGGGAGCGGGAGCACACCAAAGUGGAGAUGACUACACGGGGAGGCUAUGUGGCCCCUGGGAAAGAGCUGUCGCUGGAAUUGGGGGGCUCUGAGGCGACCCCUGAAGACGACCCCCUGCGGCGGACUGGCUCGAUAUUUGGGGGGCUUGUCCGGGACAUAAAGCGCCGGUACCCGCACUACCCCAGUGACCUGCGCGAUGCUCUGCACUCCCAGUGCGUGGCCGCCGUGCUCUUUAUCUACUUCGCUGCCCUCAGCCCUGCCAUCACCUUCGGGGGGCUGCUAGGGGAGAAGACCGAAGGGCUGAUGGGUGUGUCGGAGCUGAUCGUGUCCACGGCUGUGCUUGGAGUCCUCUUUUCUCUGCUGGGGGCCCAGCCGCUGCUUGUGGUUGGCUUCUCAGGGCCACUGCUGGUCUUCGAAGAAGCCUUCUUCAAGGUGACAGCCCUGCCCUGCUGCUCCCCAGGGAUCACCUGCUCCUCCCCUGGUCCCUCAGCCCAG